CGAUUUCAAAACAACGAGGUACCACACAAACGUCAAACUUUUCUUCUAAUACCAACACGUGUUAAGUCUGGUGUGGGUCUCUUUAUUGAAUUAAAAGUAUUUUGUAUAAAAAUUACAAAUUAAAGUGAAAAAGGGACAUAUUUCGUCUAAAAUAUGUCUCAGCUUUACGUUUUAUAUGAGCAUGCGGCUGGGUACGCUUUGUUCUCCGUCAAGGAGUUUGAGGAGGUGUCCAUGUUUUUACCUCAAGUAGAAUCAUCGGUUACCGAUUUGGCCAAAUUCAAUUCGAUUGUAAAAUUGGGAGGUUUUGCUCCAUUCAAAACAGCCAUUGCUGCUUUGGAGAAUAUAAACGCCAUCUCUGAAGGUAUUGUGCCCCAAGAUUUGUUAGUCUUUUUGGAUGAUUUCUUUUCCAAGCUAAAGAAAAAGAAGUGUCAAUUGGGCAUUGCUGAUGCUAAAUUGGGUGCUGCUAUUACUGAAGCUAUUGGUGUGCAGUGCAGUCAUUUUGGCGUUGUACCAGAAAUUUUAAGAGGCAUUCGCUUCCAUUUCCACAAAUUGAUUAAAGGUUUUACCGAUAAAUCUGCUGGUAUUGCCCAACUUGGUUUGGGUCACAGUUAUUCUCGUGCCAAGGUGAAGUUCAAUGUCCAUCGUUCCGAUAACAUGAUUAUCCAAUCCAUUGCCUUGUUGGAUCAAUUGGAUAAAGAUGUCAAUACAUUUUCCAUGCGUAUACGUGAAUGGUACUCCUAUCACUUCCCAGAGUUGGUCAAAAUUGUACCCGACAAUUAUAUUUAUGCCAAGGCUGCAAAAUUCAUUAAAGAUCGCAAAACUUUAACUCAGGAUAAACUGGAAGAGUUGGAGGAAAUUGUAAUGGAUUCAGCCAAAGCCCAGGCCAUUAUUGAUGCCGCCAAAAUGUCCAUGGGUAUGGAUAUAUCCAUUGUGGAUUUAAUGAAUAUUGAACUUUUCGCCGAGAGAGUUGUAAAAUUAUCAGAAUAUCGUAAGAAACUCUCGACAUACUUGCACAACAAAAUGCAAUGCGUUGCUCCCAAUUUACAAUCAUUGAUUGGUGAUCAAGUUGGUGCCCGCCUUAUUUCUCACGCCGGUAGCUUGACCAAUUUGGCCAAAUACCCAGCAUCUACAGUACAAAUUUUGGGUGCUGAAAAGGCCCUGUUCAGAGCUUUGAAGACCCGAUCUAACACACCCAAAUAUGGUCUACUAUAUCAUUCUUCAUUUAUUGGUCGUGCCGGUUUGAAAAACAAAGGACGUAUUUCACGUUUCUUGGCCAAUAAAUGUUCAAUUGCUUCACGUAUCGAUUGUUUCUUGGAACAACCCACAGCUGUGUUUGGUGAAACAUUGAAACAACAGGUUGAAGAACGUUUGAAAUUCUAUGAAUCUGGUGAAGUUCCACGCAAAAAUAUUGAAGUAAUGAAAGAGGCUAUUGGUUUAGCUGCCAUUGAAGCACCCUUAAAAAUAACUGAUGAGAAUCAAUCACAGAAGAAGAAAAACAAAAAGAAGAAGCGUAAACUAGAGGAAGAAGCGGUUAAUGGAAAUGGAGUUGCUGCUGAAGCAAAUGGUGGUGCUGAAGAAGCUGCUGCAGAAGAGCCAGCCGCCGAAAAUGGCGGUGAUGGUGAACCCAAAAAGAAGAAGAAAAAGAAGAAGAACAAAAACAAAGAUAAUGAAUAAAUUAUUUUUGUAGCAUUUCUGUUCUUUUUUUAAUUUUUAUAUAGAUGUAAGCUUAUUAAGGAGUUUUCUUUUUUAUCAUUUCCUUUCCUCGCCACAUCCACUAUACCGAUACUAGACUUUUUCAAAACAUAUAUGUAUUUCUAUUGAUUUGUAUAGAUGUAUAUGUUGGUUUUACAAAUUAUGCUAUAGCCUAUGAUAUGAAAUAAAAUAAAGAAAUUAUUUUUCUUAUAAAAAUCUAUACAA